AGCAGAUUCAGAGUGGCAGACUCCUGGGCAGCACACACGCCCGGCGGGGCAGCCCUUGGUGUAGAGCGCCGGAGCUGCCUCGGCAACCCGCCCCCGUCCGCGUGGCCACUCAGAGACCAUCAUCCGCGACGAUGCCCGACACGCCCUUCAAGCACCUCGCCACCCAGGCCUUCGACGAGGUCUGGGAGGAUCGAGCCAUCCGCUUCGACGCCCCCGUCCGGCAGCUCGAGGCGCGGCCGGGCGAGCGGGUCGCGGACAGCGUGAACUCGGUCGAGGACUCGAAGGGGGGCAACGGGGAACGUGGCGCGUUGAUCGUGAGCACCCUGCGGCUCUCGUGGGUGUCCCACAAGAACUCGCGGAAGAACCUGAGCAUCGGGUGGGCGACCGUCGCCCACCUGCAGAUAAAAAAGACGAAAAGCAAGCUGCGGGGGAACACGAAGGCGCUGCACGUCGCGACGCGCUUCGAGGGCUCGCGGUUCGAGUUCGUGUUCACGUCGCUCGUCCAGCACGCGCCCAAGCUGUUCGCGACGGCGCUGCAGGUGCACAAGGCGUACGAGUCGACGAAGCUGUACCGCGACCUGAAGCUGCGCGGGAGCGUGGUCAGGGAGGGCAAGCUCAACCUGCUGCCGCACGAGGAGGUCUUCUCGCAGCGCAAGGGCGUCUGGAACCUGAGCGCGGAGCAGGGCAACCUGGGGUCGUUCUUCGUGACCAACGUCCGGCUCGUCUGGCACGCGCAGAACGCCGAGAACUUCAACGUCUCCAUCCCCUACAUGCAGAUGGCCGAGGUGCGCGUGCGGGGCUCGAAGUUCGGGCCCGCGCUCGUGGUGCAGACGACGAAGUCGAGCGGCGACUACGCGCUCGGGUUCCGGGUGGACCCCGAGGACCGGUCGGGCCCGGCGCGCGAACUUUUGGGCGCGGGGCGCCCGGCCCACCGGGUGACGCGCGCGCAGGCUGGGCGAGGUGAUGCAGGAGAUCACGUCGCUCCACCAGAUCUACGCGCAGGAGCCCGUCUUCGGCGUGGACGUGUCCGUGAAGAAGGAGGCGCUCGAGGCGGCCGCCGAGGAGCGCGGACCCGUGCGGAAAUCAGCCGGCGCGGGCCGCGCCGGUUCGGACUCGAGCGUCGCGCAGGCGAAAACGCAUCGAGGACGACGUCGAGAUCGUGGGCGGCGGCGGCGAGGACCACGACGCCGUCGUGGCCGCCUACUACGCGGACGCCGGGCGCAAGUCCGAAAAAAACAUCGUGUACGACCCCCAUUUGGGCCUGGCGAUCGAGGAGCUCCCGCCCGGGGUCACCACGAAGUCGCUGUGGGAGCUCACGUUUUAUGAUUAAGUUUUCUGUCGUUUUUGAUUCUGCUCCCGGAGUUGCGCGAGCUCCUCCUUCAGCGCCUCGACUUCCGCCGCCUCCGCGGCCCUCCGUUUCGCGGCUGCGUUGCGCUCCCGCGCCGCGGCGAGCUCCGCGCGCAGUCUCGCGACCUCGGACGAGCCGGAUGCGGGCGCCUCGUCCUCGCUCUCGCUCUCGCUCUCGCUCUCGGAGGAGCUGGCCGCCGCGGCCGCGGGCGCGCUCGCCUCGGACUCGGACUCGGACUCGGACUCGCUCUCCGAGGACGCGGCGGCGGCGACCGUCGCAGACGCUGCUGGCGCUGCUGGCGCCGCGCCGCCGUGCGAGAACUUGCACUUGUCGCCGUUGCGGCAGCCGGCGGGCGUGCCGUAGAAGGCGCAGGCAGCAUAGGGCUCGGCGGCGUUGGCGUAGAGCUUGUAUUUUUUUAUGCGCACCAUUUGCUAACUAUGUUAUUUAUCUCCGUUAGAGUAUACCGUGGGUAACCCACCCUCUUGCGCACUGCAAUGGGUGGUGCUACAAGUACAGGGUGCGACCGGGUGGUGCAGC